AUGACGAUGCCCACGCUUUCCAAGACGAUCAACGGGCAGCCUACAUCACGAUGGUGCGCCGCGGACGCGAAUGUUGUCGUGCGUACUGCGGACGAAGGGACCUCGCUUUUGGUCAGCGAGAAAUUCGCGUCAAUGAAAGAGGAAGAAGCGGAGGAACCGCUACCCACUUUUAGCGAGGAAUCGUAUGCGAUCUGGAACAUGGGCUGGCUCGUGAGUGUGACGACGUUCUGUCGGAUCUCGCUCUCGACGGUGUCCACAAUGUUUCUAGGCCAUUUGGGGUCCAAGGAGCUCGCAGCAAGUGCACUGGCAAGCGUAUGGACCAACGGUGUGCAGAUGCUGAUCUUCGGCUUUGCGAUUUCAGUUUGCACGCUCUGUGGCCAGGCAUAUGGGGCCAAGAACUACGCUCUCGUCGGCGUGUGGCUCCAGCUCGCUUUGAUUUUCAUCACGUUGCUAUCCAUUCCAGUGAUGGUCUCGUUUUUCUACGUGGAUAUCGUUCUGAGGCUGGUCACAGAUGAUCUUGAAGUAUUGCUGCUUGCCGAUAGAUACGCUCGCUUCCUUGCCCCUACGGUACUGCCACAAGCGAUUUACUGUGCGCUUCGACAGUACCUCCAGUCUCAAGAGAUCAUGGAACCUCCCGCCGUCAUCGGUGUUGCCAGCGUCGGCAUAUCAUUGAUCACAAAUUAUGUGUUUAUCUACGGCUGCGGUCCCUUUCCGGCGCUUGGCUUCAUUGGUGCACCCAUUGCGCAAAGUGUGUCGUCGAUCUUUCAACCGGUAGCUCUCGUCGUGUACGGCUUCUGGUACAAAGGUUACCACCGAAAAACGUGGGCUGGCUUCGAUCUCGCAGCUUGUAUGCAGUGGGAGCGCGUAAACACUUUCGUUUCUCUCUCGGUAGGAAUGACAAUCAACCAGGCACUAGACGAAUGGGUGUACAAUGUGAUCUCAGCACUAGCAGGAUCAUUGGGCUCGGUCAAGCUAGCAGCUAACAGCGUCCUAUUCAGUCUGUGGGGUCUCACGUUCGGUAUCUACUGGGGGUUUGGCUUGCCUAUGCAAGUGCGCUCGGCCAACUUCCUAGGUGCAAACCGUCCAGCAGCAGCUAAACAGACACUGUAUGUGAGCACGCUGCUCGGAGGCAUCACGACGUUUGUAUGUGCGCUGCUGACGUAUUUUUUCCGAGCUCCGAUCAUUGGAUUCUUUACAGAAGACCCUGUCGUGAUCGCAGACAUUGACAGCACUAUGCCUAUCUUCUGCCUCGCUGUGUUCUUGUCUGGACUACAUAUUAUCAUGUCUGCUGUCGUGGAAGCCAUGUCAUUGGCUGCCACGUUGGUGGCUAUCACGACGGUUGGAUCCUGGCUCACCAUGCUGCCAACCUCGUAUCUUCUGGGUAUCUCUUGGAACUGGGGACUGCACGGACUCUGGUGGGGCGCUGUUUGUGGCGAGAUCGUCAAGUUUGGUCUCAUGGUACUCACAUUGUGGCGUAUCGACUGGCGUGAAAUGGCUCGCCGAGCUGUACGACAGUCGGAGCGUGCGGUGCCCCCUACGCCUGAUGUUAGACCAUCCAGUCCUACACCAGUGCGUACACUCUUCUCAGCAGCCUCACAACGCGUACACCAUGUGCCCAAUGACGGUACACCAACGAGAUUGAGCCUCCGGCGCUUGAGCUCGUACGGCUCGACCAACAGUACUCACACAAGUCCAGCACUACUUCAUGCAAUUGCGAUUUCUCCAUGA